CUCAGGUAAUCUACUGCAUCCACGGCCUUGAACAGACAACACCGGCAAGCUGAAAUAGACUACACUGAAAGCGGCAGCUAUAGCACCAUGAUUGUAAUCGUUAUGGGGGUUUGUGGGUGUGGCAAAACCACAGUAGGAGAAGCCCUUGCAGAGAAGCUGCAGUGUGAAUUUGCUGAUGCUGAUGACUUCCAUCCUGAGGCAAACAAGGUGAAGAUGGGCCAGGCUAUACCACUAACAGAUGAGGACCGAAUUCCCUGGCUCAUCUCAAUCCACCAUUACAUCAUGAGAUUAUUCACAGAAGGAAACAAUGGAAUUGUCACUUGCUCUGCACUGAAGAAAAUGUAUCGGGGCAUACUCGCAUCAGGGGAGGUAACUCCAAACAAGGAUUAUGCUGAGAAACUUCCAGUUCUGUUUGUGUAUUUGAAGGGAGACCGUGACCUCCUUAAUCAACGUAUGGAAGGCCGUUCAGGCCAUUUUAUGCCAGUAUCUCUCUUGGAUUCACAGCUAGCUACACUAGAAGAACCAGAUGCAUCCGAGAAGGCUGUAACAGUUUCCAUUGAUAACAGCGUUGAUGACAUUGUAGCGAUGGUUGUGAAGGAGUGCGAGAAAACUCUGGGUAGGUCCAUGAACAGUGAGGAUUCAUAACUGUGGGUGGAUUUUUAACUUUAACAAGUCCACUAGCGAUUGAGUGGGGAAUAAACUGUUCAAGGCAUAUUAAUUUAUCACAGAUGAUUAACUGGAUUACUGUUCAGUGGUAGCACAAUAUCAUAUCCAAUGUUAACUGGUUAACCAAGAAUGGAUGAAAGUUUGAGAUGCUCAUUGCGAGGUGUGACGGGGUGCACCUGUGUCCGUUGACAAGUCGAUGCAGAGCAGGGUCACAGAAGAAUACUAUUGCAUACAACUACCGGUACACAGGACCCCACCCUGGUUUUGUAAAAGCCACCACCAGCAGAUCAUGCAAACUUUAUUUGAUCACAUACAGUUUAUGCACCAGAUGCCUUAUUGACAGGAUCUAGCCAUGUUCCUCUCCUUCACCUACUUUCUGGGGUCCUGCCCCUCUGGAGCAAUGAUGCAGGGUAAUUCCUAUAUAUACUGAAAACCUAUGAAAACGCUAUGCAGGGUGCAGAUGGUGUGUAUUUUAUUACAGCGUAAAAUAACAAUUGAAAGACUGUGUCAACUCUGCCAUUUUUUUAGGGUGGUUACCGUUGAUUUCAAACCCUCUGUCAAAGAUCGUCCCACAAGUGUUCAAUUGGAUUCAUGUCAGGUGACAAUUGGAUUCAUAUCGGGUCUUCCUCCAAAGCGAUCCCUUUCCAUAACACAGUUGUCAGCAAAGUGUUCUCCUCCUACGUCGAUAGAUACGGCGACGCCCAUCCAGAAAACGUUUGUGUGUAACUGGACUCCUGAGAGAAGACGACAUUUUCCCAUGGUGUAUUCUGCAGGUAGCCACCAUUAGCUGCCCAUCACAGUCUGGCAACCCUGUGUCAGUGAAGCAGGGUCUGGCCUUGAUAAGGUUGAUGGCACGUAUGCCAAACGCAGCCAGGCACCUCGCAGAUGGUCUGAGGUUUUGAACCCGAACUGUCACAUGGGGACACUUAUACCUCACAGCACUAUCAUGAAGUUUAACAAAUUUGGGGGCAAUUGCUCUUUUCACAAGUGCACUUAUCAAAAGCAAUUGCGUUUUCAAUGGCUUUUAGUAUACAUGUGCUUUAAUGGUUACACAAUAUUUGAUUUUCAAAUUGGUACAAUUAAUAUUAGAAACUGAACUGGCUUUGUUGAGAUGUACAGGGUAUUGGUGAUGGUGAGCACAUGCGUUAUGAACCGAGUUCAAACGUUUACUAUUUAGACAUGGCUGCCAACAUAGGCCAGACGUGUGGUAAUGUCUACACAGAGUCCUUUAGUCUUAAUCAGGAUUAAGGAUCGUUGACAAGCCUCAACCUGGAAGAGUCCAGAAGCCACAUCUCCAUCCUCCCCCCCCCCC